CUCUAUGCAGCGUUCUCUUUCUAUUCCUUUCUACCAUUCACUUACACGGCAAUAUUUGACUUUCGCACUCUGUCUAUGUCUCUAUAGACAUUGUCAUUAACUUAAAAUACUGAUCGACUUGAAUUAUUUGUAACUGCAGUUUGCGUAAAAUGCAAUAUUUUGAGAUUUUUUGUCAGGACAAAUAAUUAUUCGUUGCAUAAAUAUGUCAAAUACAUGGAAUAGAAAUAUCUAUCGCCAAGAACAAGAAGCAUUUGUUUCUGGUCAUGGUGGAACAACCUCCAGAGAGGUCAUAUAUGCACUCAUGCCAAAUAUUUGUAGUAUUCUUUUAACUAAAACUGCAAUGGGUCUUUUAGGACGGAUUAUUCAUAAAAAUAUUAGGGUUAUAAUAGAAUUUGCGUUAAUUGUAAUGCCAUGUAUUUUAUGUUGUACUGUAUUGUCUGAUUAUGUUGUUACAGUAUGUUGUGCCAUGAUUAUAAUAUCUAUUAUUAAUAUUUUAUUAUUAGGAAUUAAUUCUGAUGUUACAUCAAUGUACAAUAUGAGACCGGCUAAUGGCAAAAGGCCCUUCAUUACAAAUUUUAGAGCAUUCACUAACUUAAUAACAGCAAUAUGUAUAUUAGCGAUAGAUUUUCACAUUUUUCCUCGUAAAUUUGCCAAAACUGAAUUGUUUGGGUAUAGUUUAAUGGAUACUGGUGUCGGGUUAUUUAUAUUUGCUAAUGCUUUAGUGGCUCCAGAAGCCAAAGACUUUGCUCUUAAACCUAGAAUAGGCUUUUUCCAUACUAUAUCAAAAAAUAUAAAGCAUUCAGCAAGAAGUUGUAUUCCACUUUUAAUAUUAGGCUUUAGCAGGUCUGUUGCCAUUGAAGUUUUAGGUUAUCAGAAGCAUGUUACUGAAUAUGGGAUUCAUUGGAAUUUUUUUAUUACUCUUGCCUUUGUUAAAUUAUUUACUAGUUCUAUAACAAGUACUAUCAAUUCAAAGUACUCACUGUUAUCAGGAAUUUGGAUUUUAGGAAUGCAUGAAUAUGUUUUGAGUACUAAGGGGUUGAAGGAAUGGGUUUUGAGUAAUAGACCAAGGAAUGAUUUUAUAUCUGCUAAUCGGGAAGGUGUGGUAUCUGUACCUGGAUAUGUUGGGCUUUAUCUAAUAGGUGUAGCAGUUGGUAGGUUAAUACAUUCUACUUAUCAGAAUUCACAUGCACAAGAUUCGUUACUACAUAGGCAUAAAACAUUUCAUAUUAAAUUAUUUGGAUAUGAAUUUGAUGCGCACUAUAAUCAGUCUAUGAUUUUAUGCAUUAAAUUGUCCUUGAUAUCAGCGCAAACAUGUGCAGCUACUUUAUUUUGCGAUGCAUAUUUUGGAGUAUCUAGACGAUUAGCAAAUGCAGGUUAUUGUAUGUGGAUUCUUACUUUAGGUGUUAUGGUACUUACGUUAUUACUAUUGAUAGAAGUAAUAUGUGACAUAUUAAUUCAUGCAACCAUAGAUUCGAAACUUAACCAGAAGACAAAAACAUGUAAAAUGAAUGUAAAAAGUAAGCGAGAUAGUGUGCCUGAUAAAUGCGAGAAAGAUACGAAUAAAAAUAUAAUUGAAAUACUCGAAGCUGUAAAUUACAAUGGUCUAUUUUUCUUUUUAUUGUCAAACUUAAUGACUGGCGCGAUUAAUAUGUUAGUACGUACGUUAUAUUUAAGUCACUUAAAAGCUUUGCUAAUAUUGAUUGCAUACAUGGCUGUAAAUAUAUUAUCGGUUUUAUUAUUGUACAGAAAACAGGUACAAAUUAAAUUAUAAAUACAAAUGUACAAUUCGUUGUA